UGCGAAUUCCGAUUUUGUGAAUAAGAAGCGAACGACAGUCGCACUCUUGCCAAAUGACACUGCGGCAGAAUCUUUCCUUGAGGACCUGAAAACCUCAGGCACGAGCCCCCUGUCCCAGUAUGCUGCCACACUACGCCAGAGAGCCCAGGAAAGGAGCGGCGCUUUGACUGAAUCCAGUGUGCUCAUUGGAGAUAAAUCAUCCAAAUUCGGGAGCAAGAUAUCAAGUGACGAUGAUGAGCAUGAUGAUUCUGACAUGGAAGAAAAUGCCAGUGCUAUGCUCUCUGAUCACUAUUCCAAGCAACAGAAAAGUGUCGACAAGAAGAGAAGUACUACUAAGCACACAGAAGAUAUGGCUUUGGAUGAAGAUAUCGUUGAGGACUUGGUUCUCAGCUCUGAUGAAGAUGCUCCGUUGAGUGACAGUCCCGAUGAAGAUGACAAUGAUGAUGAGCCUGAAGAUGACCAGCAGGAACGGAGCAGCAGCAAGAAACGGAAACAUGGUGUGGAUAUGCACAAAGGGAAGCAAAACGGUGGAAAUAGAAAGUCGAAGAAGAGGAGGAAGACACACGGUAGGUAAAACAUACAUCAUCGUUGCAGAUGUUUGGAUGUUUUUGGAGAAGAAGAAAUCUGAAUUAAACUAAUAUCGAAAAUGCAUUCGAUUAUGAAUGUGGUUUGUGUUUUGGAGGGAGUUGGUAAGCAAAUGUUUUUUGAAUGUGAUCAAACAGAACUAGUUGUGUAGUACUCAAUAUUGAUUAUGGAUUUUGAGAUUUUAGGAGAUUUUGUAAAUAGGAUUGGAUGAAUAGAGCUGUGUCCAAUUCUAUAUGAUUUAAUUGUAUCAAAAAAUUGAUAGAUUUGUAGAAAAUCAGUUUUGAGUUUGCAUG